CUAGUGAAGGAGAGGCCAUUGUUAAAGAUGAUAUUUGAAGGCCACCCAUUAUGUGAGCCAUUUGAACAGAAUAUAAGAAGUAGGUGAAACAGAUACUCAGCUGAAAUUAGUAGAUGUUGCUUAGCAAUGACAAGUUUAAGCUUCAUCUAUGGUGUCUCAUUAGUAGUCUUUGCUACUAUUUUUGCUACAACAACUUCCCUGCAGUCUAGAAGACAUGCCGCCCUCUUCGUCUUCGGGGACUCUGUGUAUGAUCCAGGAAACAAUAACUUCAUCAAUACCAGUAUUACACACAAGGCAAAUUACCCUCCUUAUGGAGAGACCACCUUCAGGUUUCCAACCGGAAGAUUUUCUGACGGGCGUUUGAUCCCUGAUUUCAUUGCCAAGAAUGCACACUUACCUUAUUGGAAACCAUAUUUAGCACCUGGACAACAUGAAUUCAUCAAUGGAGCCAACUUUGCAAGUGCGGGAGCUUGUGUUAUUGCUGAUAACGAUCCAAGCGUGAUUAACCUUGAAGCGCAGUUGAGCAAUUUCAAGGAGGUGGUGAGCUUGUUGAAACAGCAGCUUGGAGAUGCAGAAGCCGACCAGAUACUAAGGAAUGCAGUCUAUCUAUCCGGCAUUGGAGGUGUUGAUUACUACACAUUUAGUGAUCAAUAUCCUAAUGCUACUGAAUCAGAGAUGGAAAAUUAUGUACAAGUGGUGAUCGGAAACAUUUUAAAUGUGAUAAAAGAAAUAUAUGCACUUGGAGGAAGGAAAUUUGCAUUUCAAAAUGUUGCACCCCUUGGUUGCACCCCACUCUUAAAACAAUUGAAGAACCUUACAAAAACUGAAUGUUGGAAAGAUACUCAAGCGCUGGCAAGACAACACAACCAAGCCCUGGUUACUGCCGCUAAAGUAUUAGAUAUCCAAUUACCUCGAUUCAACUUUAUAAUCUUUGACUACUUCACCACACUUAUGAAUCUACAAUUUAACCCCUUGAAAUAUGGUUUUAAAGAAGCAGACAUUGCUUGUUGCGGCAGUGGGACAUAUCAUGCAAGCGAUUGCGGAAUUGGAGAUUAUGAAUUAUGCAGAAACCCUAAUGAGUAUGUGUAUUUUGAUGGUGAGCAUCUUACAGAUAAGGCUAACUCUAGGUUGGGUGCAUUAUUUUGGGAGGGAGGAAUGAAUGUUACAGCACCAAUUAAUAUGAAGCAACUAAUUGAACUUGAACUACAGCCUUCUGAGAUUAAGAAAUUUAGAGAAGACGAUGAUGAUGGUGGUGCAACAAAUGAUGAAUAAAUUCAUCGACAUUUCCAGAUGAAUGUAUCUUAUAAUAAGUCUUUCCAUUCUAGUUGAAGUAAUUUUUUGUUUUCUAAUAAAUAAUGUUCAUUUAUA